CUUCUCCUCUCUCCAUCCUCCCUCCUCUUUGCCCCCUGAUGAAGCCACACUGGGGGAGAGAACCUCAGAUCUUGACACCAACCUUACAUUUCUUGGAUUCUCUUUUUAGUUUCUAACUCCUAACAUGUCAUCAGCUCUGUAGCAGAAUUUCUACUCCUUUUAGGUUCCUCCCCUCUCUUCAGAUACUCCCAGAACCCCCUUUAAAAAGAAAGCCCACACAGGAGACAGAGACACAGAACUCCAGAGUAUCUUCAUUUGUGCUCUGCUCCUCCAAGCCUUCUCUCCUCUCAGGAUCAUGAAGGUCUCUGUAGCUGCCCUCUCCAUCAUCAUGGUCAUGGCCUUCAGCUCUCUGGCAUCCUCUGCACCAGUGGGCUCUGACCCUCCCACCUCCUGCUGCUUCUCCUAUGUCAGCCAACAGAUUCAAAGAAAAUUUGUGACAGACUAUUAUGAGACCAGCAGCCUGUGUUCCCAGCCAGCUGUGGUGUUCCAGACCAAAAGAGGCCGGCAGGUAUGUGCCAACCCCAGUGAUGCCUGGGUUCAGAGCUAUGUGGAAGACCUGGAGCUGAACUGAGGGGCUCAGGGCCCUAGGAUGAUGGAUCUGAAAGGAAAAUGGACCAAGCUGAGGAAUUCCACAGUCAGAUACAAUCUCCCCAAAUCCAGCCUUCUGGAGAUCCUCUCCCCCAUUCUAAUUCAUUCUUAUAUGUGAGAUGUAUUUAUGCAAAUGAUGUCAGCUUUGGGUAUAUGUUCUUGCUAUUUGCAUUUCUGGAAGAUAAAAGUUCCCCAUAGGAUCUCAAUAAGCAGCCUGGCCUCUCCUCCUUAGAGUCCUUUGGGU